AUGUCUGCCACCGAUUCGGCAGAUGCAAGCGCUAAGACAGACACCGACACAAUCGCUGGCCGUACUCGCACCAAGUUCUCGCUCGUAGACGUACCCAUCGACACACUCGAAGCUUCUCUCCCACUCGAUCACAAUCAAGCUACGGCGGAGACUGCAGAGGAUCGGGAAUAUCAGCGAUUUCUGUCGAGUUUAUUACCCAAUGAACAGGUGAAUCUAUCGUUCCUGGAUGAAGAAGAUGAGGAGUAUCGACCAGAAGAAGAAGAAGAGGAACAUGAAGAGGAAGAAACUCGACGAGGAAUUUCCAAGAAGGAGCUCACGGAUCUACUCCUGGACUCGACACACAUGUCGUUCCCUAUUUUAUCAGGUGGAACUCUUGAACCAAAGAAGGACGACAUGCUGCUGGAUACGGACAAUAUUAAUGAAGCUGUGCUGUCUACUGCUGGAACUGGAGAAGAGAAGGAUCUUGCAACUGCAUUGAAGCCGGGGAAUGUAGCUAGUAGUAUGGCAGCUCAUUUACCGGCAGGACUGCGAGGUCGAUCGGCUGCUGUUUCUCAAGCACAAUGCAUUCAACUGGCUUCACAAAUGCACAAACAUUUGCAGUUGCUGUUGCAGAGUUAUCAUCUCUUGACGAGUAAACCGACGUCACCUGAGCUUGCAGAAUGUCGAGCAAUGAUUGAGGAACUGCAGCAGCGAGGUGAGAAGGCGCUCCGAUACAAGAACACGCUGCUGUUAAAGCUGAAUCCUGGAACGACGAGUGGUGGAAGUGAAGGUGCUACUGUUGGCGAUAACAAGAUCUCGUCUUCCAGUGACCUGCCUAGUGCAGAAAGGAUCAGUGGUAACGCUAAUAACACUGAAAAUCUGCUGGCUCUACGACGUGUGACGAGGUCAUUGACAGCUGCACACGCAGCGGUAGCUCAUCCAUCGAUGUUUGAGUUGGUUGGAUCACAAACGGUGGACGAACUUUCAGCUGGCUUUGCUCGGGGCUGCUCGCUUGAAGAACGUGAUCGUGCUAUUAAAGAGCAAAUGCUUCAGCUAGACACACAUUUGCUAUCUGCGAUAAAGAGCCGGAAAAGCAAGAAAGGAUAUUCAACCACAGAGGAUGCAUUGUUGGCUCAUGGCGCCAAACGAUUUGGUACGCAAGCGCACUCGUGGGAUCAAAUUCGGAAACAUUUUCUUCCGACCAAAACUACACAGAAUCUUCGACAUCGGUACAAGUACUUGAUAAGCCCGAAGACAGGUAUGAGCGCUGUUAAAGCGCUACACUUGAGGGCCGCGCCACAGCACCACAACAACAGCUGGUUACUAGAAGAGGAUCUUCGGAUUGCGCGAGGACUUGUUGAGUUGCACAAGGAAAAGUAUCCUUUUUCUCGUCUGUCAAAAAGUUAUCUCCCUUAUCGCAGCCGUCUCGAGAUUAGAAAACGCUGGGAACGACUUGCAGCAAAGUUUCGCUCUGACCUCGCUGAGAUCGGUCUGACAGCGCCUGAUGACGACUCACUCGACCUAGUGGUUACCAUGAAGGAGUAUUUGGAAGACAAGCUACGAAAUCGAAUGAUGCGUCAGCGAGGGGAGGCAGAGAAGGCAAAGUUGGAAGCCGCGUUACAGCUUCAUAAGCUAGGUCAAGGAAUACGGAAAACUUUCAUGCCUCAAUCCGGUAGCAACGAAACUAUAUCUUCUCUCGGCACGGAUACUCAGAAGAAAGGACUUGAAGCAAGUUCCUGCCGAAGUAAAAAUCUACAUCCAGCGCUGUUCUUUUCGUCAUGGUCCUUCAUCAGCCCCGCGACACUCCUCAACGCAACGUGUAAGCACAACUGGCCUUCUUUCAUGGACGAAGACAACGAUGCCGAUGACAAACUGCAGAAGAGCCAGCCUAGUGCUGACGUUGCAGAUAACGGAGGUUCUCAAUUUGACCCUCAAAAUAUUGGCGUAAACGACCAAGCACUGGCGUUUGGGGGCGCACAAACACAAGAGUUUAUGCCAGUUGCAAUGCCAUCAGAUCUGGUUGUGGUCCCAACAACGGACACGGGACAACUCCAACCGAGUGUUUUAAUUGACGCGCGCAUGGCGCAGAAGGAGAGCGAGGAAGAAGACGAUGAUAGUGAUUAUGAGCACGAUGAGUUGCUAUCGUCCGACAACGAAGAGAGUGAGUCUGACUUUGAGCAGAUGGAAUUUACAGACGAUGAUGACGACGUUGACGCAAGUGAUGAUUACGAAGCCAGCGCAGAUUCUUUCGACCAAGAUCACUUAAUGUCCGACUCCGAUAAUCAGUCUGCUGCCAGUGCCAACUCACUGGAAAAUCCCUCUAAGUCUCUGCUGCCGUCUCCGACAUCUGGAUCUUGGAGCUCGAAGGAUGCACCAAGCGAUAGCAAUAUGCUGUCCCCACGAUUUCGGCAUCCACUUCGUCUACAGAACUUGGGCCAGCCUGGUAAUGAACGCAUGAAACGUGCUCUUGCUGCAUUGGAGAGGCGAAUUGUCGGCAAGAGCAUCAAAAGCUCAGCUUUUUCUACUUCAACUCCAGGCUCACAGACUAGUUUAUUAGGCAAACGCGCGAAACGAAAAGUGGUGUCAACGCCUCUCGUCGCCAAUCAGUCUAGCAACAGCGUUUCCCAAGUAGACGUCAAUGAACACGCGCACGUAGUCGCUGCAAAGACUGGUAUCAAUCCAAAUGACGACGAUGCAGAUGAUGAUGAUGACUGGGAGAACGGAUCUGGCGAUGAAGAGUUUGAGGUUGUUGAGCUCCCCUCCAGUUCUGACGAGUUUUCUGCAGAUGAAGACGAGGAAGCUCAACCUGAACCGGUUACAGCGAACUUAACGCAAGAACUCCGUAGUACUUCGAACCAAACGCUGUCAGCUACAACAACUUCACACAGUGAAGCAUCCGGCACUUCACCCAAUAACACUCUACCCAACAAGAAGGCCAAAAUACAAGAAUGCCCGACUUGUGUUCAUAGCACAUGCACAUGCUCAUCGACAGAGCGCAUGCAACUUCUUUUACGCCGUAUGAAAGAGAAACGCUCGUCAUCAUCGCUGCAAUAG